AUGGAACCAAUAAUUAUUGAUAAUUUGUAUGAAUUUGGUGAUGAUGAAAUCCGAUUGGGUAUAGAUGAGGCUGGAAGAGGCCCAGUAUUAGGGCCAAUGGUUUACUCUGGCUUUUAUUGUAAAAAAGAAGAUGAAAAGUUGUUAAAAGAAAUGAAAAUUGAUGACUCUAAAAAAAUAAAUGAAGGAGAUAGAGAAAAGAUGUUUUUAAAAUUAAAUAAUGCAAAAUUACCAUUUGGUUGGAGAGUACAUAUAUUAUUACCACAAGAUAUAAGUGCAAAAAUGUUAAAAAAACAAAAGUAUAAUUUAAAUGAAAUUUCUCAUGAUACAGCUAUAUCAAUUAUUGAACACGUUAUAAAUAGAGGAUGUAAUUUAACUGAAGUUUUUGUUGAUACAGUUGGAAAAGCAAGUAUUUAUGAAGAAAAGCUACAAAAAAUAUUCCCUCAUAUAAAAUGCACAGUCAAAGAAAAAGCAGAUUCUUUAUACCCAGUAGUUAGUGCUGCUUCUAUAUGUGCAAAAGUAACUCGUGACUUUAUUUUAAAAAAAUGGAAAUAUGAAGAACCAAUUAUUAAUAUUGAUAAUGGCUUCGGAUCAGGUUAUCCUGGAGAUCCUAUUACUAAAAACUUUUUAAAAAAUAAUUUUGAUUCUGUUUUUGGAUUUCCAAGUAUAGUUCGCUUUAGUUGGUCAACUGCUGAAAAUAUGUUAGAAAAUUUAGGAGAUAAAAUUGAGUGGUAUGAUGACGAAGAAAACAAUGACUCAAAAUCUAUGAAAAGAAAAAUUCCUUUUGAUUAUAGCAAGCUUCAACGACCUUUUAUUAAAAGAUCCACAUUUUAUUCGAAAAAUGGGUUAGAUUUAGUAGAAAAUCUUUAA